AAAACAUUGUGAAUCAUCAGAGAGAGUGGGGAAAAAUGGAGAAAAACAAGAGAGCUUUCGGGUUUUUGCUUCUGGUGGUGCUUAUCAAUGGAGUUAUGAUGACGAGAUCAAAUGGGUAUGAAGGAGAAGAAGAGUGGGGAGGAGGUGGAGGAGGAGGGGAGUGGGGAGGAGGUACUGGAGGAGGAGGAGAGUGGGGAGGAGAGGGAGGAGGAGAGUGGGGAGGAGGAGGAGAAGGAGGAGGUGGAGGAAGAAGAGGAUGGUUCAUGAUGAGAGAGUCGAAGCAAGUGAUCAAAUCAGAAGGUGGAGAGAUGAGAGUUGUGAUAUCACCAAGAGGAAGGAUCAUUGAGAAGCCAAUGCACAUUGGGUUUCUAACAAUGGAACCUAAGACCCUCUUUGUCCCUCAGUAUCUUGACUCAAGCCUUCUCAUCUUUAUUCGUCAAGGUGAAGCAACGCUUGGAGUGAUAUGCAAAGACGAAUUCGGAGAGAGGAAAUUGAAAGCAGGAGACAUCUACUGGAUUCCGGCUGGUUCUGUCUUUUAUUUGUUAAACACAGGCCGAGGUCAACGCCUUCACGUCAUUUGCAGCAUUGAUCCAACUCAGAGCCUCGGUUUCGAAACCUUCCAACCUUUCUAUAUAGGUGGAGGACCAUCGUCUGUUCUCGCUGGCUUUGAACCCGACACUUUAACUUCAGCAUUCAACGUAUCCCGACCAGAGCUUCAACAAAUGAUGAUGAGUCAAUUCCGUGGCCCGAUUGUACACGUCAUGGAAGGGCCACAACCACAACCGACGAUAUGGACCCAAUUCUUGGGGUUGAGAGGGGAAGAGAAACAUAAGCAACUCAAGAAACUCUUGGAGAUGAAACAAGGAUCCCCUCAAGAUCAACAAUCCACUUCAGGGUGGUCUUGGAGGAAUAUUGUAAGAUCGAUUUUGGAUCUAACAGAAGAAAAGAAUAAAGGGUCAGGAUCUUCCGAGUGCGAGGACUCAUACAACAUCUAUGAUCAGAAACGCAGUUUCAAAAACGACUAUGGAUGGAGUAUAGCUCUUGACUAUGACGAUUACGAGCCUCUCAAACACUCGGGAAUCGGAGUUUAUCUCGUAAAUCUCACCGCGGGAUCAAUGAUGGCUCCACACAUGAACCCAACAGCCACAGAAUAUGGCAUCGUUUUAGCUGGCUCUGGAGACAUUCAAGUUGUAUUUCCUAAUGGAACUUCUGCUAUGAACACGAGAGUCUCCGUAGGAGAUGUCUUCUGGAUCCCUCGAUACUUCGCUUUUUGCCAGAUCGCAUCUCGGACCGGACCAUUCGAGUUUGUAGGAUUUACCACGUCGGCUCACAAGAAUCGGCCUCAGUUCCUGGUCGGAUCAAACUCACUACUCAAGACUCUGAAUCUGACGUCAUUGUCCAUGGCAUUCGGAGUCGAUGAAGAGACAAUGAGGCGGUUCAUUGAUGCCCAGAGAGAGGCUGUUAUUCUCCCUACCGCAUCGGCAGCUCCUCCGCAUGUCGGCGAAACGGUGCGCGAUCGCCUUGUUUGAGGAAUGUGCAAAAGGUUUUCUUUUUGAAUGCUAUGUAUGUAGUUAACUAUGAGUAUGUAUGGAUGUAUGUUUUUGUUUCUUUGAAACAAUAUUAAUAAAGGU